GAACGUUUCUACUUCCGGUUCAGUUGACUUAGCAACGUUGCACCAAUAACUGAUCCAGGACUUGUCGUUCUUUUGUGUUCCCUUCUCACCAAAAGAGCUCCCUCGAAGCACUCUCAUCGGACGUCAUUGAUGAAGAUCUCCACCCUGAGAAGCACGAUGUCCCCCCACAUUAAACAGGAGAAGGAGUCUGAGAUGUCAGACAUCAAACAGGAAGCGGAGCCAGUGACCCCCUUCAUUAAAGAAGAAGAACAGGAAGCUGAAAUCACCACAUCUCCAUUGACUGUCGUUGUGAAGAGCGAACAAGAUGAACGUUCAAGCGAAGAGAGCGGCGCGGCGAAACCAUCGAAUGGCAGCUCAUUUCAACACCUGACAACAGAUAAAGAGGGACAAUCGCAACCGGACGGCCUCUUAGCGCCGCUCUCUGACAGCGAAGACGUAGCAGCCCACACUUCGGACUUUACCACUGAUGAAGACGAUGUGGACUUUGACCCAAAGUCUUGGAAAUCCUUAAACAAGUCAGCAUCGAAAAGAGAUGCAAAAAAAUGCGUGGGUAGGAAACGGUUUGCCUGCUCAAGUUGCGAUAAAAGAUUUUAUUGGAAGCAUCACUUACAAAGACACAUGCAUACACAUACCGGGGAGAGACCUUUUGCCUGCUCAUUUUGUGGUAGACGGUUCAAUGAUCAGGGAAAUUUAAACAGACACACAAGCAUUCACACCGGGGAUAAGCCUUUUGCCUGCUCACUUUGCCAUAAACGAUUUUCUCGAAUGCGAGAGUUAACAAGACACUCAUAUACACACACUGGAGAAAAGCCUUUUCUCUGCACAGUUUGUGGUAAGAUAAUCACCACGAAGGUAGAAUUAAACAAUCAUAGAAGAGCACACGCCGGAGAGAAGCCUUUUGUCUGCACAUGUUGUGGUAAAAGUUUCACCCGGAAGGGAAAUUUAGUGAAACACACAAGCACACACACUGGAGAGCAGCCCUUUCCCUGCUCAUUUUGUGAUAAAAGAUUUUGUGUGAAGCAAGCGUUAACAAGACACACGCGCAUGCACACUGGAGAGAAGCCUUUUCCCUGCUCACUUUGCGAUAAAAGAUUUUCGCAAAAGCAACAGUUAACAAGACAUACACAUACGCACACUGGAGAGAAGCCUUUUCCCUGCUCACUCUGCGAUAAAAGAUUCACAGUGAACGGAGAGUUACUCAGACAUGCAAGAAAACACCAUGGAGAGAAGUCUUUUAACUGCUAAUUUUGCAAUAAGAUUUUUAAGAAGCAACAUUUAACAACCCACACAAGAAUACACACUGGAGGAAAGCCUUUUCUCUGCAUAUUUUGUGGGAAAACAUUCACCCAGUAAGGGCAUUUCGAAUCGCCACACUAGGGAAAAACCUUUCAAUUGCACUGUGUGAGAAGAUAUUCAGAUUUCUGCCACCCAUAUACAGAAAAAGCAUUUCAAUUUCCUAAUUAUAUUUCUCUUGAGCCUCUAUUAAAAAAAAGUUGAAAUGAUUUUGCAGGUCCUGUUCCGUAACUUGAUAGUUUCGCUAUUUUAAUGCAUUUCAUCAUUUUACCUAUGAAUGUUGGAAUUUGAAAUGCUUUGAUUCUGCCUUUCCUUUUGGUGUUAUUUGUUUAAUUUCCAAACUUUAUUUGAAUAGUUUCAGGGAAGAUGUCUGUUGUACAUUGUGGUAUUUUGAAAUCUGCUUCAUUAUAAAAUUACUGUAAUGUUUUAUUAUUAAUACUAUUGAAUAUUUUAUUCAUCCCCGACUUUUUUUUAACUUCUAUUGUGAACUCCUUACAGAGCUUUAGUGCUGUAACGAUUAAUCGAUGAACUUUAGUAAUUUGAUUAAAAAUAAGCUGCGAAUCAAAUUUUGCUGCUUCGGGGAUUCGUUUAAUUAGAGUGGCGUUGUAAUGGUUUGUUUUGAAAGUGUUUGCCUUUAGUUUUAUUGAUUUGAAUGGAUAUACUUUCCUCUCGUGGUAACAGUGAAGAUGACAUAACUCAUCUAACGUCUGGAUUCAGCUGCUCCCUGUUAAGACCGACGUAAGUUUUUGUUUGAGCUAAUAUUUUUUAUGCAUUCAUAAUUUAGUUUAUAGGUAUAUUUAGCAGUUUUUCUUGAGGCAAUAUGUGUUUGAACGAUUUGUUAAGAGCAUUUUAAAAAAAGUUAGCAUUUUAUAGCAUUUAAGAGAACAGACUUUUGCUAUGUAAGUUAACCAAUUUUGAAGUGCCUUGAUCCUCAUUUAUUAAUUUUUUUACCGUUUGAGGCUAAGCUUAGCUAUUUUAAUUAUUGCUUUUGUGAAAUGACAGCGCAAUACUACAUAGUUUGUAAAAACAAUCGGAAAUUUUAUUUUGUAUUCCAAUUUAAUGCUCUUUUGAAAGUGCAAUCUUAGCAAGCCUUUGUUUUACAUCUCCUCAAUUAUGACUGAUAGAUUCAUUGAAUACUAAAAUAAUUGAUAACUGCAGCCCUACUUUAGAGUGUUACUUGAAGACAUAACC